AUGCCGGCUACAACUGCAGGCACUGGUAAUUAUACUUGGAAUCAAACAGGCAUAAUCCUAGCUGAUACGGCAUCUAGUACAAUACCACAGGCAUGUUGUGUCUUUUUACCAGGAAAUGAUACAUUUCAUAUCUGUGGUCACACGCUUAGAUUUGUUCAAAGCUGGGUCACCGGUGGAGCCAGUCGAACUGCAGUGACUAACAACACUGGAAAUCAUAUAGGUUAUAUUAGGUUCAACAAAGAUGAAAACAUGUAUACAAAUGCUCAUGAUAAGAAUUUAGUUCGACGGUACGCUCCGAAUUUUGCAGAUGGUACAGCUGUCGACGAUAGUUAUACACUCUACAUCGCCGAUCAAGACAAUAAUCGAGUGGCAAAACUCGACCAAAAUGCAACUAGUAGUGUUACCUCAAUUAAUACAAAUGGCAUCACUUCGAAACUGUCUGCUCUUCUACUUAACCCAUUUGUAUCGAAUCAAAUUUAUAUUAGUGGCGACACUGGUAACACUGUCUAUCUGUGGACAUUUGUUGCAGCUACUCCGAGUAUAACGAACACGCAAGUCAAUUGUGGUAGUACUCUGCAGGCUCCGAGAAGCAUUGAAAUGUAUGCCUUUGGAAAUUUGUAUGUUGCUGAUCAAAAUAAUUUUCAAGUAGUCACGUACAGUGCCAAUUCAACAAUGGGCACUAUCAUAUUAAGCUUUACUGCUAGACCAAUGGAUCUCGCGUUGAAUUCACAACUCAAUCUGUAUGUACUAUUAGAUAAUGGCAAAUUAUACAAACAUCAAUUAAUUUAA